GGCGCGCAAGGGCCGGGCCGGUCGGGCGCUGUCCCGAGACCCAGAGGGUGGCGGGCGCAGAGGGGACGGGCGGCGCAUGCGCGCGGCUGUGGCGCGGGGCCGGGCACCCGGGGGCUAUCUCGCGCUGAGUACUCGCGCGGGCGUCAGGGGCCCAAGAAGCAGCGCCCUGCUCCGUCCCGUUCUAGUCCCAGGGACCUGCCCAGAGCCCAGCGUCCGCGGCUGUCGGUAGGGUUGGGGGCACCACGGCGACACCGGGCCCUCGGGUGUCGCCUGGAGGCCAGCCCCACUGGCGGGGACCUCGGGGCGCCCCCGGCUGGGCCUGCUUCCUGGGACCUCUGCUCCCCGGUGGGGUAACCGAGGCUGAGGUCCGUACGCCCUGCGCCUGCAGCUCGGAGUGGAAACCCAGGCGCGCUGUGGUGUCACCAACGGCGGGCCACCUUCGAGGGACAGUGCUCAUUUGGCACCCGCGAGUAGUGGGACGACCCCGGGCACCCAGGAGGACGGGCUUGGCUGGGUAGUGUGGCAACUGCGAGAGCCUCAAGACGUCCCUCCGGGCCGUCCCAGGUGCGCCAUGCCGGCGCCCAGGUCUCCUCCUCUGUGUCCUUAGACCCUCGAGGCGAAGCCAGACCGGCGCCCUGGGCUGCUAGCCGAAGUCAGGCUGGAGUUAGAGGCCCUGCCUCCUCCGUGAAGUGCCAGUUUGUGGCAAGUCCUGCUCCCAACCACGAAGUUGUCACCACAGGUUGGAGCUCAGUGGCGAGACUGGCUCCACCCCACCCAACAUGGUGGACAUGGAAAGCCCCAGGUAUCCCCUGUCCCCCUUGGAGGCCGAGGACCUGGAGAGCCCACUGUCCAAGGACUUCCUACAAGAAAUGGGAACUAUCCAGGACAUCUCCCAGUCCCUCGGCGAGGACAGCUCCGGGAGCUUUGGUUUCACAGAAUACCAGUAUUUAGGGAGCGGCCCUGGCUCAGAGGGAUCUGUCAUCACGGACACCCUGUCACCAGCCUCGAGUCCCUGUUCUGUCAGUUACCCCACAGUCCCUGGCAGUGCAGAGGAGCCUUCGGGUGGCACCCUGAACAUCGAGUGCAGGAUCUGUGGGGACAAGGCCUCGGGAUACCAUUAUGGGGUCCACGCGUGUGAAGGCUGCAAGGGCUUCUUCCGGCGGACCAUCCGGCUGAAGCUGGCGUACGACACAUGUGACCGCAGCUGCAAGAUUCAGAAAAAGAAUCGGAACAAGUGCCAGUACUGCCGUUUCCACAAGUGCCUCUCUGUGGGGAUGUCGCACAAUGCAAUUCGUUUCGGACGGAUGCCAAGAUCUGAGAAAGCAAAACUGAAAGCAGAAAUCCUCACCUGUGAGCAUGACACCGAAGACUCCGAGACCGCCGACCUCAAGUCCCUGGCCAAGAGGAUCUACGAGGCCUACCUGAAGAACUUCAACAUGAACAAGGUCAAAGCCCGCGUCAUCCUCGCAGGAAAGACCAGCCACAAUCCACCUUUUGUCAUCCACGACAUGGAGACAUUGUGCAUGGCCGAGAAGACGCUGGUGGCCCAGAUGGUGGCCAAUGGCGUCGAGAACAAGGAGGCCGAGGUCCGCUUCUUCCACUGCUGCCAGUGCAUGUCGGUGGAGACAGUCACCGAGCUCACGGAGUUUGCCAAGGCCAUCCCAGGCUUCGCCAACCUGGACUUGAACGACCAGGUCACCCUGCUGAAGUAUGGCGUGUACGAGGCCAUCUUCACGAUGCUGUCCUCGCUGAUGAACAAAGACGGGAUGCUAGUAGCGUAUGGAAAUGGCUUUAUCACCCGCGAGUUCCUCAGAAACCUCCGGAAACCGUUCUGUGACAUCAUGGAACCUAAGUUUGAUUUCGCCAUGAAGUUCAACGCUCUGGAACUGGAUGACAGUGACAUUUCCCUUUUCGUGGCUGCUAUCAUUUGCUGCGGAGAUCGGCCUGGCCUUCUAAACAUAGACUACAUUGAGAAAAUGCAGGAGGGCAUUGUGCACGUGCUCAAACUCCACUUGCAAAGCAACCAUCCAGACGACACCUUCCUCUUCCCCAAACUCCUCCAGAAGCUGGCAGACUUGCGGCAGCUGGUGACAGAGCAUGCAAAGCUCGUGCAGGUCAUCAAGACCGAGUCAGAUGCCUCACUGCACCCGCUGCUGCAGGAGAUCUACAAGGACAUGUACUGAGGCCCAGCAGUAUGACAGCAGCCACCCUGCAGGGAUGUUGAACACCGGCAGCACUAUAGAGGAAGAGUGGGAGCAGCUCGAAUUUGCACCCUUUAACCUUGGAGAUGGGAAUCUUGUCCUGCAGUGGUCCUGCUGGCAACCAGCACUCAGAGAGCACAACUGCUACUCGAGUGCUGGUGCUCAGGACCCAGGAAAUUAAGGAAAUCAUGAGCCACAGUCUGAUUCUAACUCGCCCGAUAUAAUCAGUGCAUAUUUCUUUAUAUCGCGUGCGUAAUUUGCCAUUUAAUUAACGGGUAACCUCAAUAUACAUGGUCUGUUCCCUUUCAACCGCCCCUUUUGACUCUUGUGCUCCCUCCUGAUGUGGAAAACUAGUCAGCACUUUUUAACAACUUUUAUAAUCCUAUAAAUCUAGAUGUAGCCAAAGGUUAGGUAUUUAAAAUGCAGCAGAAUAUUUAUUUGGACAAUAUCAAUUCUGUUUCCUGAAUCUGAAGAAACAACAGGCUGUUUUUUAAUCGUAAGACUGAGAAUUUUCAAGAACAGUUUGAUAAGCUAUUAAAACGCAGCCAUCGCUGGCCUGGGAUUUAACUCAGUGGUUCUGCCGCCUGCAUCACAAGUGCAAGGUGCUGAAUUUGAUCCCCGGUACCAAAAAAAAAAAAAAAAAAUGCAGCCAUCGUGUUGUUUUUUCAGUUCAUAGUUUUUGUGGUCCCAGGUAGUUUGUGGCAAAGCCCAUUCCCAGGCUCCUGUAGAAGAUCCCAGGGAACUCUGUCCCAAGUCCCCCUCUGGGUGUUGUAAGUUGUGACUGGGGAGGGCUGGGGAUUUAACUCAGUGGUUUCGCUGCUUGCUGUGCAAGCGCAAGGACCUGAGUUCGAUCCCCGGUACCAAAAAAAAAAAAAAGGUUGUGACUGGGGUAAGCAGAGUCAAGACAAAACCUUCUCUUCCCUCCUGCUUACCUCUGUUCCUCUCAAACCGGAACCAACUCAAUCAGGCUGCCUGGAGGCUGGGUAGUGAUUUUAGGGCCAAGCAGAAAUGAUUUCUAAACAGUCCUCUGGGUCCUCUUCCGGAGCUCCUUUGUCUUUUCCUGUGUUGCCUUUUAAAAUGUGAUGCUUUAUUGUUUGAACUCUCAGACUUUAUCACCCCGGCUGGGCGGGGCUGGAAAACAAGAGAAGAACGCCAGGUCCCCCAGCAGCCAGUGGUACCUACUCUCAGAUUUCUUGACAGGUUUUUUUCUUAGCAAAGAUAUAGUUAGGUCUCCUUUUUCAUCUGUGUAUAUAAGGUAGGGUGUUUUUUUAACAUCUAAAAUAGUUUUAGCCUUAAAGAUCAACUUUCCAACCUCUGUCCAAUUGGAAAGCAGUGUUAAUUAUGGUUUUUGGCCUAGAGCUGCAUUCUCUGUCUGUACACCUGGUAGAUAAAUGGUCACAUAAAGAAUCUUCAGCAGUGCCCCUCCCACCCUACCAGGCUGGUCUGAUCUGCCAGUGUGUCUGCCACCGUUCAGGGCGCUGGGCACUUAGGUCCUGGUUGUCUUUGGUGCCUGCCUGCCUGCCUGCCUUCCUUCCUUUCCUUCCUUCCUUCCAGAUCCAAAGGACCUGUUGUUGGCCAGCAGCAGCAGGCACCCUGCCCAAGUGCCUUAGGACCCAGAAGCAGAGGACACUCUUUCCAUAUCGGCCAACAGUCAUUGCUGAGCCUGUUCCUUCCCCACUGUGAACUCCCUACACUGAGGAGACCCCAGGGCUGGGACCAUCCAAGUGCAGGGUCCAGUGCUCAGUCUGUGUUGUCCCCACUACCGCACAGCCUCCUACUCUGAUGUGCGCCAGACAAAUACUGCUCAGAUACGCGUGGCCUAGGAAGGGAGCCUCGAGACCCAGCCUGCCAGCAGCAUCAUCAUUUGUCCUGUUUAAAGUUUCCCAAAACACAUGCACAGCCAUCUCCCAUGUCCUGUUCUCUGUGGUGAAGCCAAAAUGACUGGUGAGCUCUGUAUUAGUCCACCUAAUGCUCAGCAUGUGGGGAGCAUUUGAUUCUGUUAGGGUCUUGAGAAACUAUCAGUGAUGUCCGUAAGGAAGCCAGAAAGGAGACCUGUGACCUCAGUGUGAAAGUCCUUUGACAUUAUUCACUUUUAAUAGGAAGGAAAACCAGAAGUCUCAUAUAUUUAAGCAUCAAGUUCACUCAUAGCCACCCUGUGCUAGAAUAUUUUGGGUCACCUCUUCAGAGAUAUCUCAGGGGAUCAGUAUUACAAAGGCAACCAGGACCUAAGUGCCCAGCGCCCUGAAUGGUGGCAGACACACUGGCAGAUCAGUGCCCACCCAUCUGUGAUGAAUGUGGAGUAGAAAGAAACCUAGGACUGGGCACAUCCAAGAAUGCCAACAGAACCUGCCCUGUUUUAAAGGGAUUUUUUUCAUCCUCAGAUCUAAGAAGGUUCCUUUCUGCUAUACCUUUUUACACUGGGCCUUUAAGACCCCAAAGGACCAAACCACCUCAGGCACUGAGUGGGGGUUCAGGGAGGGUGCAGCAGUCCCCAGAGAGAGCAGAACCCCAAGGCACAAGCAGGCUAUUUGGCAGAUGACAAGCAAACUUUAAUUCAACUACUUUCCUCCUCAACGUACCAGCUAACAGCUCAGUCAGCAUUGCAAAGGCACUGUUAGAAUGAAGGCGCACAAAACCUCAGCCUUUGUGGUGUCCCUGUGGUCCAGGUGUCACAGUUAGGGGUGCAGGGGCACACACUAGGUCUGUCCACCUGUACUUGGGAGAUGGUGAGCUGUGGGAUUUCCAGAGGAGCUCCACUGUUGAAAGGGAGCCUUUUGCAUAAAAUGUGCAGGUGCAAAUAUUGCUGCCCUGUCCAGUGAAGCUGAGACUGUGACCAGCAUUCCCACUGCAGGGCCCCACCCACAAGGUGCUCCUCUUGUCCACUCCUGCUGCUAGCCACACAGAGAGCUUUCCCAAGAAAGGCCCUGCCGAUGCUGGAGAGUGACCCUCAUGAAACAGUGGCACUCAGGUCCUCUGCUUGUGGCUCACCUGAAUCCCUCUGUUGGACCCAGAGCAUUUCCCACCUUGAGACCCUUCAACACGGGACACCAGGCUCAUUUGAUACUUAGCAUCGUACACAGGAUGGAGGGGAUUCUGUCCUGACUGGUGGCCUCACACAUCCUUGGAACGAUUUGUCAAACCUCAGGUUACAGACAUUUCAACCAGUAUGUUUGCACCCCCCAGCGGACACUGGCUUUUUUCGGGGUGGCAGCUCCUUCAUGGUACCUCUUCAACCCAAGUGGCCUUUCACACUGCGGACCCCAGGCACCUGUCACAUCCUGCAGCUCAGUACCUAGCUCGAAAGCAGCCUCCUGAGGUCUCCCACCUGCAGCCCCUGAGGGCUGCACCCCAUUCUGAAACAGAUACACCCAGCCUGGGAUUGCUUGUCCACCCCUGCCACCUCUCUGAUCUUCUGGUGCCAACAGACCAGCUGUCCACCAGCUAUCUGUGCAGCCGAUGCCCACUACCUGCAGUCAGCACAGCGGCCUGAUGCAUGUGUUUCUGCACAAUUCUUUCCUGAAAAGACUUCUCUUACCUGGUGGUACAUGCUGUCAUCCCAGCACUCUGGUAAGCUGAGACAGGAGGAUUGCAAGUUUGAGCCCAGCCUGGGCAACUUAACAAGACCCUGUCUCAACUAUUUUUCUUUUUAAAAAGGGCUGGAGACAUAGCUCAGUUUGAAGGCCCAGAUUCAGUCCUUGGUAGCAAAAAAAAAAAAAAAAAAAACCUCCUAUGUUCAGAACAGUGGUGUGGACUUUGGUAAGGCAAGUCACAAAUCAAUACCGAUGCCACCAAGGGAGGAAGAGUAUCCAGGGACUGUUUCAACGCAUGUGAGUGUGACAGCACAGACAUUACCAGGCAUGGAGAAGGACUGACUCUUCUCAUUUUAAAAGUGGCCCAGUUUCUCUCCACUCGAGUGGACUGUGCUGUGCCAGUGCUCUUGGCACCCACACCUCCAAGGACAGCAAAGGUGGAGGCUGCCCGGCAGACUGCCCUCAGAUGUCACCUUCCAGAAAUGAAGGUCCACAAACACCUGCAGCAGAAAGCGUGUUCUGCCACCUGCCUCACAAGCGUUAAGUCCCGAGUUUGAUCUCCAGUACCGAAAAAAAAAAGAAAGCACAGAGGAUCUUGGCUCCAAGGAGCUGAGGGAGCAUGGGGACGAAUCAGUGCACAUUCAGCUGUGUUGGUGCAGCCGGGGGACAUCGUAGCAAGGGAUCAUGUCAUUGGCAGCAGUCACCAAGCAGCCUUUGCCAGGCCACUACUCCUGAGAGACCCUCUGCCAGCAGAGAUGUCAGAGUAAGCUCCGAAGGAGAUUUGCUGGGAUGUCUAAAUAUAUACUGAGGUGCCAAAUUUAAUGGAAUUCAGAAAAACGGUCAUCACCCCCCAGUCUGCAAAACAGGAUAACCACCAGAGCACUAAUUUGGUCAGACUCAGAACAUAGGGGACCAUUAUAUCUCUUUAAAACUCACAAUCACACUAAAAUGUAGAACUGGAAGUUUUGUUUAAAAAGAAAAAAAGGCAAUGAGCCUCCCUCUGCCUUCGGCCUAAAUAACUACACAGCGGUCCCCAUCACGCUCCUUGAGUGGGAUGCAGCAGGCUGUUACGCUGUGUCAGCAGGUGAGCUGCAGCCUGUGUGGCCCCAUGUGAAGGUAGAGAGGUGCAGCCCUGUCUGUUGCAUCCCGGGCACUCGAGGAUGGCUUCACAGAGCUGGAACCCGCUGUCAGAUGACCCUGUGCUUCUCAGGAUUUCAGGAGACAUGAGAAACAGCAUUGCUACUUCUGCCUGACCCCCAGCGCAUCCCUUUAGUGAGGGAGGAGCGGGCAACUAAGGUGCACCAUGGCGUAGGGCCCCAUCUCUCCAGAACAGACCAACCGGGUCCAUAUUCGGUGUCGGACCUGAUGAACCAAUGGACAACGCCAAGUACUUCAGGGGCUCCUGGCUGCUAGAUGCAUUGUUUGCUAAAAAAAAAAAAAAAAAAAAAAAAAAAAAA